CGAGGGGGCGGUGCCUCCUCCGCCCCGCCUGCCCGGCUCGGAGCUCCCGUAGCCGGCAGGUGCCGCUUUACCUGCCGAGCCCUUGGGUUAGCGGGUCCCUCCCCACCCUCGCCGAUCGGGGCUGCGGGAGCUCCGAGCGCCGCGGGGCUGAGCUUCUCGUGCCGCUUCCCCGCUUUCCUUCUCGCACGCUCGGGCGGGGAGAGGGUGGUCGGUGUCCCUCCGUGUCCCUCGCCAUGGGGCUCGGCGCGGUCGGGCCGUCGCUGGUGCUGCUGGGCGGCAUCGUGGCGGCCGUGGGGCUGUGCAGGAGCUGGACCGUGCGCCGGCUCCGCGGGCGGCUCCGCGGCUUGGCGCUGGAGCUGCUGGGCACCUUCCAGGUGUGCGCCUGCACCAACGAGCUGUGCCUGCUGGCCGCCGCCGAGCCGCGCGCCGCCCUCUCGCUCACCUACGGCUUCUCCGUCCUGCACGGCGCGACGCUGAGCGGCUGCAGCUGCAACCCCUGCGGCUGCCUGCAGCUCCUCUGGGCCGGGGCCGCGCCGCCCGGGCUGGCAGCGCUCAGCAUCGCCGCUCAGUUCGCGGCCGCGGCGCUCGCCAGGCUCUUCAUGCGCUUCGUCUGGAGCCUGGGGAUGAUGGAACCGCACCUCGGGGCGCUCCCGCAGGGCUGCGGCAACCCCAUGCAGACCACGGAGGCGCAGGCGUUCUGCAUAGAACUGCUCUUCUCUGUCGUUUUUCAGCUGACCGUCUUGCGAGCGGAGAGAGUUAAUCCCAAAUACAAAGUGCAUUUGAUUGCUCUUCUCAUCACCAUGCUCGUCUAUGCAGGUGGAAAUCUCACAGGAGCAGUAUUUAACCCAGCACUGGCUUUUUCAUUGCAUCCAAAUUGUUUCUAUGACAAAUUUUUGAGUUAUUCACUAGUAUAUUGGAUAGCACCAUCCUUAGGUACAAUACUUGUGGCUUUUUUAUGCGAUGAAAUCCUUCCUCGGAUAUCCUGAGACAUGAAAUUCGGAAGCCUAGCAGCACUGCAUCAAAAAAGUACUUUCAACAACUGCAGACAAGCAGCUUUCAGAAAACUGUUGACCACCUUUCAGUCGUAUUUCCAAAUUUCAUGUUUGAAAUAUUUGACUUGAAACUUUGUAUUCAAAUACUUAUUUUGUAAUAGCACAUUGGGAUUUUAAGACUAUCUGCCAACGUUUUCAGUUAAGCCAUAUGAAUGUGAAGGACUUAAAACACUGAAACUUUGUCACUUUAGCCAGAAGUGCCAUUUGCUGACCUUUAUUGCAACAGCACGCAAAACUAAUUUUAGAGAAAUAACCAGUCCUUUCAAGGUUUGAUUUUAUUGGAUUUCUUCCCAUACACAGCACCUGCAAAAAUGAGCUGAAGAUUUCAUUCUUAGUGAACUCCAUGUUCCUACUUGCAACAUCACAUACUUCUGAGAGGAAGAAAGGCUACACUACUCCCUAGAAGAGGCUCCACAGCUCUAUUCUAGAGGUACCCUACACCAAAAUUAAGUCUGUAGGACCAGCAUUGGUUUAGUAACACCCAUGUGCAGGUAAGUAACCCCUUGCUUCCUUUUGGGAAGGCUCUGCCCCAUGUAGUCCUAGGACAGGGCCUUGGGCAGCCUGCUUUAGUGGGAUGUCCCUGCCCAUGGCAGGGGCUUGUAACUACGUGAUCUUUAAGGUCCUUUCCAACUCUAACUAUACUAUGAUACUAUGACAGUCUGUUGAACAUUUAUCUUGGUUGGAAAGAGUGAUAAUAAAGUACCAUAAAUUCUGUAGACACAAAAAUAAAAAGGAAAAAAAACCCACCUCUAUCAGAGAUUACUGCUGCCUCUUCACAUAGUAAAAUAGACACAGUAUAUAGAGAUUAAUUGCAGAAUUCGAUUUGUCCUUGAUUUUAUGUAACUCAUAUCAGAUACCUUCCUUGAAAUAAAUGAAUUUGCAAUAUAAAAGACUAAACUAAAGAGCUAAAACCACAGGAAUGCUACGUACUCAAAAGUGGUACAAACACACCCUUUACAGGUAGCAUUGACUGAGGGGAAGAGCACCAGUGGGCACCAACCUCUAAAACUGUUUCAAGAAUGAGGUUUCUUCCGGAUGCUUUUUAAGUUUUAUAUACACCAAAAAUACAUUCUUCAAAUUUAAGACUAAAUUCAUUUUUUCACUUUACAGUUGCUGGGUUUGUAAGGAGAGAUGGUUAACAAGUCCUACAAAGAUCUCAGAAGUAGGCCCCUCUCCUCAUUGCCCAAGUUACCUUGCAGACCAUAUUCUAAAGAGAGCGGGAGGUAAUCAGACAGGGUUUUUUCAUAGUAAAAUUAUGAAUUAAAUCUUAAACAGCUGCUGUUGUCAGCUGUCUUCUUGCAGGGGUUCAGGAAGUAAAUCUUUUCAUGUAAUUUCUUACUUGUUGCAAUAAAAUAUUUUCUGGUUUUAAUUUUCCAAGGUACAUUUAAGAUUAUACUGAAAAAUGAAAUCUAGUGUUUGGACAUACUUUUCAUGCAAGAAAGUGUUAAUCCAAGACCCUGUAUUCAGUCAUUAAAAUUAAAUAAGAAAAACAGCUUGUGAACACACUGAAGAGAACUGCUGGGAUGUUGUUCAGCAGCACUUCAACACUAGUGUGACCAGGCCGGCUAAAAGAGCCUUAUCGCUGAUAAGCGCUUCACAGGAAGGACUACACACCACCGCAUUGUAAGCCUGACAAGAUGCUGUCCUUCAGCUCGUGUUAAAUUCAUCUGCUUAUUUAUAAGCCACAGAAGGCUGCUGGAACCAAAACCCAAUGCAUGAGACCUCUGAAAAACAUGUUUAUACCAUCUACUGCUUCUGAAACAGAUGUUUUAGGAGGCUUCUACCUGUUACUUCCUUGCUUUACUGUUUUUUAUCACUUUUACCUAUUUUUCCACAGCUUGGGGUUUUUUUCCCCUUCCUGGGACCUGCCCUUAACUGCUGUACUUAAGCCCAGUUUUUAGCUUCAUUUCUUAUGGAAAUGAGCCUUACAUAAUGAUCUCCUUUGAACCCGUGAGGCCCACGGGAUAAAGGUCUCAAACUUCAAAGAGCAUAAAACCAGACUGCCAUAGAAAAGUAGCUACAAAGCUACAGGAAGCCGAGAUUUGUUGGACUCGAGGCCCUGCUUCUAUGUCAUUUUCCACAGCCUGCAUAAGCGAAGUCCAAAAAGCAAAGAGGUCAGAUAUGACCUCUGGACAUCUACAUUGUUUAUUUUGGCACACAUAGUUUCUAAAAAAAACUGGUGCAAAUCUGGGUGAUUGAACAAGUAGUUGCUCUGUUUAUAGCCACUAGUAAUUAAAAAAACCAGUAACUGAGGGUUGGCCUUUAAUGGUCGCUUACAACCCAAACUGUUCUAUGAUUCUGUAAGUGUUCCUAACACACAGCUUAAAUACAAAGUUUUAUUAAAAAUAAAACCUGUAAAUCCACACAAGACAUUUCUCAACACUACCUUCAGGACUCAUCCAAGCUUGUUUCCACCUGACCAAAAUGAAUCUUGCUCCACUGAUUUGACUGGAAGCAUUACAAAACAUCUGCUCCUGGAGCUCUGCAUCAAUACAAAAUAAAUUCUCCCUUCUGAAGCUUCCUACUGCUCGGAUGUAGCAUGAGAGUACUGAGUAUACUCCACCUGCCCUGUAGGUUGUCCAGCUGCCCAUCUACCAGGAAAUGUGACGGGCUGUCCACAGUUUAAUACUAAAAAGAACAGAAAACCGCACUUCCAAAAAUUAAGAGAUCCACCACAAAAUGAUAUUUAAAAAUCCAAAGGCUGUUUUAACCAUGAAUACUGAUUUAGAAUUGUAUGAGCUAUUUCGUGAACUAUGGUGUUGGUGGUUGCAGUUCUCCUAAUCUGUCCCAAAAAUCUCGCCACGCAUCUUAGUGCAAAAAUGAGAGCAUCACUUGUACCUUCCUCUAUUACUUGUAUCCCUAACAAAAACAUGCAGACAUUUACAUAAAUAUAUACACAUAUGCACAAAAGGCACUAGGAAAGGCAUACUUGUAGAAUGUCUUGUUGCAUAACAUGCUAAAUACUUCAUUUAUUCAGCAAUGUCAAUAGAUCACAACACUAUUAAAUCAAUUUGACUGAUGUUAGUAAUGAAUGUUCAACAAAGAGUGGUUAUAAUUUUCAUGUAGCUUCAAACCAAACAACAUCCCAACAUGCUAAGCAGGGCAGGACCACUCCAUACAAUUUCAGGAGUGUAGGACUGGUAAAGAAAACUGUUCAUAUGCCAACAUAUUAAUAUUGAAAAUAAAUAAUCAAGUUAACUUCAAAUCAAAGUGGGAGAAGUUUACUAUCAGAUCUUCAUGUGAAUAUUGAGGGGAAAAAACCCAUAAAAUUUGCUGCCGUUGCCUCGGGGCAAAAAUACCACCAUGCAGAGGAUGAAACAGUAAAAGCUCCAGCAGGACUAAACUCGUGGCAAAUAUUCUGCUUUUUUAGUCUCGCAUCAAAGUAAAUAAUGAAAAUGUCUUCACUGGACUUUUUUGUUAAGAGACAAAAAUACUGAAACUCAAACGAUGUCAGCUCAGUUGCCAGCUCCUUGCUGAGGUAAAGGAUAGAGAACUUCAACACAGUUGGCUGUGAGAUACAAAAAUCUUAGUUUAUUUAACAAUGUUGUUAACAUUUAAUACAAAGACAAAUCAGUUCUCCUGUUCAGUACUUUACAGCCUGUAUUCCAUCUCCCCUAUCACCCAAACUCUGUGCUUAGAGAAAUAAAAAGGGAAAGCACUGAGCCAAUAAAGCCAGUUACUUGAGGGGCAUUAAAUUUAGCUUUGCUUUUAAUCCUUGUCCGACCCUAUUUCCUUUUAGUCAAACUUGUUUCUAUUUCCACUCUACUCCACUGAUGCAAUGAAGAGGUACA